CCGCACGCGGAGCUCUCGGUGGGGCGCCCAGGACUCUGGGAUCCCCCGCCCAAGCAGGAAGUCGCUCUGGAGACUCGAGGGAGAGCGCAGGCGGCGGCGGGGCAGGGAGAGGCGGGCCUCAGCGCAGAUUGGGUCAGGCACGCGCAAGGGCAGCCCCCGAGGGCUGUCCCAGAGGUCCCAGCGCCGCCGAGGUCCUAAUAGGCAGCACCGUCUUCCGCCGCACGUGGCUGCAGCGAGAUGCCCAAAUCCAAGCGCGACAAGAAAGUCUCCCUCACCAAAACCGCUAAGAAAGGCUUAGAACUGAAACAGAACUUGAUAGAAGAGCUUCGGAAAUGUGUGGACACAUACAAGUACCUCUUCGUCUUCUCUGUGGCCAACAUGAGGAACAGCAAACUGAAGGACGUGCGCAGUGCCUGGAAGCACAGCCGGAUGUUCUUUGGCAAAAACAAAGUGAUGAUGGUGGCCCUGGGUCGAAGCCCAUCUGACGAGUACAAAGACAAUCUGCAUCAGGUCAGCAAGAAGUUGAGGGGUGAAGUUGGUCUCCUUUUCACCAAUCGCACUAAGGAGGAAGUGAACGAGUGGUUCACGAAAUACACGGAGAUGGACUACGCCCGAGCUGGGAACAAAGCCACUUUCACCGUGAGCCUGGACCCGGGGCCCCUGGAGCAGUUCCCGCACUCCAUGGAGCCACAGCUGAGGCAGCUGGGCCUGCCCACGGCCCUUAAGAAAGGUGUGGUGACCCUGCUGUCCGACUACGAGGUUUGCAAGGAGGGCGAUGUGCUGACCCCGGAGCAGGCCCGUGUCCUGGUGAGUUCCCUCCGCCCCGGGCGUCUGCAGCUGCGGCGGGAGGGGCCGCAGACUCCUCUGACCCCACUCGCUCCUCCUGACCUUUGGGUCCCUUCGCCUCUUGCAGAAGCUUUUCAGGUACGAAAUGGCCGAAUUCAAGGUGACCAUCAAGUACGUGUGGGACGCGGAGUCCGGAAGGUUCCAGCAGAUGGGAGAUGACUUGCCAGAGAGCGCGCCCGAGUCGGAAGUAGAAUCAGAGGAAGACGACGACAGCUGACAUGCACUUGGGACGGGACCUCCGGGCCUGCUCCAGUCUUGUCUGGACUGGACGGCGUGAGACUGCCGCAGCCCUCUCGGGGGAGCAGCCGUGUAUUUUGCUGUGGAUGCACACAAGGGAGGGUGACAGGGACAGGCUAUCCUAUAAAUAAUGAAACUUUGUCAGCAGGGUGUCUCCUCCAAAAGGGACUUUUCUAGGAAAAAACCCUUGAGUUUGGGCUUUGGUUUGGACCCCCAGGAUUCUUAGUUCACCUCAAGCCAGUUUCCAGCACUGGCUCCUGUGUGACCACUGGCCGGGCGGCCCUGGGAGCACAAGAGGAACCGCCUUCUCCUUUCCUCUGGGCCUCGGCGCCCCUGGCUUGAAACUGGGAUUUGUUUGAGGAAAAUAGGCACCCUGCCUGCCGCCCUCCUACCCCUACUCUCUAUUCUCUUUCCCACCCACAACCCCCAAAACCAGGGCUGAGAAACUUGUGGAUGACCAGGAGACAGGAGGUGUUGGCUAAAGCAAACAUAAAGCCACUGCCGAAACUGAAUGAAUGUAAAAAACAUUCCACUGCAUCCUGGGAGGUUUUAGUCUUCUGGGUGGUGGCUCCAGGUGGUAGGUUUUUGCCCAGAUUGUUCUGUUUAUAAGUAUUUAAUGAGGUAAUUCUGAACAGGAGAAAAUCUA